ACUUUAAUUUUCCUUCUUUUCUUUCCUCCUUAAAAUUUACGCUUUUACUUAUGUAAAAUGUCUUCCUUAUUCAAAAAGGCAGCAAAAGAAAUAUCAUCUGAGACUCGGCUGGAGAGACGACUGCAGAAAGAGUUGAUGUCCCUCGUAAAAGAGCCCCCUCCAGGCGUCAUAGUAGAUAGCAGUUUAGCAGAACAAAACUUGAAUGUAUGGACUAUACAAAUGAAAGGUGCUGAUGGAACGUUAUACGAAGGGGAGAACUUCACUCUACAGUUCAAAUUUAGCUCAAAAUACCCAUUUGACUCUCCGGAGGUAAUGUUCGUAGGUUCAAACAUCCCUGUACACCCGCAUGUCUACAGCAACGGACACAUCUGCCUGUCUAUCCUGACUGAAGACUGGAGUCCCGCGUUGUCCGUACAGUCCGUCUGCCUGUCCAUCAUCAGCAUGUUAUCCAGCUGUAAGGAGAAGAAACGGCCUCCAGACAAUACGUUUUAUGUUAAGACCUGCAACAAAAAUCCAAAGAAAACAAAAUGGUGGUACCAUGAUGAUUCUGUAUGAAACCAAAUCAACCACAAAAACACCUCGCCGCGGUCAGGCAUCGGAGGAUACGAAAUACUUCUUAAUCUUCUCGCUAACUGUUGAUAAAAAUUUACUAGAUUGACUUUUAAAUGCUGUGAAAAUCAUUUUAAAGCCCUGUAUUUUUUUAGAAAACUGUUCAUAAAUCAUGUAGUUUAUACUUGUUUGGUUUCUAUUAUUUGUAAGGAUUUUCUGUAUUCCAGGUUUGUAUAUUUUGCUUGCGCUCUUCUCUCUUUUAGUAUCUUUGUUGCAGAUUUUUAAUCACCCAAUUAAGCUUUUAAUUUUGUUACGUAAUGUUUGUAUGAUCACAAACAAAAAAUACAAUAGUUUUUCAAAAUAAAUAUUUUUUUUUAAUCUGAACUUUUAAAUGAUUGAGUUUUUUAAGUUGUAUUAUAAACAUUAUUGGAUCAAUUUUAGUAAUUUUCGUAGCCAAAACAUAAUUUGAUAAAGGUAAAAGUAGACAAAUGUUUAGUUAUUAUUAUUUCCAAGCCAAAGAUACUUGAGAGUUUGAUCUUGUUAGUUGUAAAAUUAGUUGUAUUUAUUGACCGUCUGAAUGACUUUUAUUUCUAAGCAGCUCAACGCUUCAUCACUUGUUCUAAGUCAGGCUCUUUGCUUUAUCCUACGUCUUAGUUUUUACUGUAGAUUUUGCUUAUUUUAAUAGAUAGUUUUUAAAUCUUAGGCUUGUAUGCAACAGCAAUUGAAAAUUGAAACAAUUACACAAGUCAUGGACUAAUGGAGUUGUUUAGAAAAUAAUUUACUAAAUUGUGAUACCAAGUUGAAUAAAUGAUUGCCAAUUUAAUUCCUGAACAGCAAAUUUAAUGAACAUAAAUGAUAGAUUAUUUAAAUAAUAGUAACUGUUAAUGCGGUGCAUUAUUAAAUUUUUAAAUUGUUAUUUUUACUAUCUAUGACUGUACAUAAGGUAAAUAAUUUAUAUUCUGAAUAUAUUUCACGUUAAUUAAUUAUCUUAUUAUUACUUUAAUUACAGUAGGAUGGAUUAAUUACUAUCAGUCUAUCGAGGUUUUGCUAAACAAUAAUUCAUACACAAUGAUCUUCAUGAAAAACAUCAUUCAUUCUGUAAUUUGUUUACCUUGGUUGAAAGGUGGCGAAUCAAUGCCCUGAAAAAAACCCUUUGUUUUAAAAUUAUAAUUUUAAAAAGUUGUCUAAGAUUUUAUUUUCUAUUUUAAUCUUGUUUGCAUGAUUUUAAAGUAAAUUUGUGUGACUCUAAAGGGAGUGGUUAUAAUAUCUUUAUGUAACUGUAUUAUAUAUAUUUAAAUUAUUAUACCCAGAUUAUUUACUUAUCUGAUGAUUUUUAACCAAUAACCAUUUUAAAAUUUUAAUAAUUGUUUUUAACUAUUUAUUUGUGGAAUACAAUUCUACAUAGUAUAAUUUAUUAGUUUGAUCUAUAUGUCCGAAUGUUUAAGGACAUACACAAGAAAGAACAACUGACCAUGAUUAUUCAUUUAGAUAACGCUAAAUUGAUUGAUUCAAAAAUUGUAAAUCUUGGAAAUGAAAACUAAAUUUCAAUAGUCUAAAUGUUGUUAUUGUUUUAAAAUGGCCAAAGGUCCACUGCAUUCCAAGCUAAACUUGGCCCCAGUGAUUGUAUAUAUCUAUUGUUAAGAUUACUGUACAUGUUUGUAUUUAUUAAAGACUGGAAUUAAA